AUGAGUGACCUUGCAGCGCAAAAGCGACAGCUGAGUAUCAAGACGGGCGUUGUGAAGCGCCUGUCGAAAGAGGUGCAUAUGUACACGGAUGAAUGCAAGGAGCAGGAGGCGGCCGUGAAAAAAGCGAUCGACGAAGCGCAGGAGCCGUGGGAAGUCAGGAGACAGGAAGGACUACUCAAGGACAGUGCACAAAUGAUCCCGGAUACCAAGCGCCGCCUCCAGGAUGCAGUUGCCGAUAUCUCGACAUUUAUUCGUCAUGGCGCGCCUAACAAGCAGGAAGGGCUCACUGAGGAUUCCAAGGGUACGGAAGAAUUCAAAUCGGCGCUACAAGCGAUUGAGAAUGCACAGCAGCCGUAG